AUGAAGUUCUUCACCGCCGCCGCUGUCCUCUCGGCAGCCGUAUCGGAAGUCUCUGGACACUACAUCUUCCAGCAGCUAUCCGUGGGGUCGACAAAGUACGACGUCUUCCAGCACAUCCGGAAGAACACCAACUACAACUCUCCCGUGACUGACCUCGCCUCGAACGACUUGCGAUGCAACGUCGGCGGUGCCAGCGGCGCCCAGACUACGGUGGUCAACGUGAAGCCCGGCGACGCCUUCACCUUCACCCUCGACACGGCCGUCUACCACCAGGGUCCCAUCUCGCUCUUCCUGUCCAAAGCGCCCUCUCACGUCCAAGACUACGACGGAUCCGGAAAAUGGGCCAAGUUCAAAGACUUCCUCCCGACCUUUAGCAACGGCCAGGCAACUUGGCCAAUGAGACAAACCUACGAGUACAAGAUCCCGACGUGCCUCCCCAACGGCGAGUACCUCCUGCGCGUCCACCAGCUGGGCAUCCACAACCCCUACCCGGCCGGCAUCCCGCAGUUCUACAUCUCGUGCGCGCAGAUCAACGUCACGGGCUCGACCGCGUCCGCGAGCUCGUUUGUGCCGACUCUGAGUAUUCCUGGUGCCUUUAAGGAUACCGACCCCGGGUACACUGUCAAUCCGGGAUUCACGUCGUAUGUGGCUCCUGGUGGUGCGGAGUGGACUUGCUGA